GGGGAGCGCUACCGAGAUCCGGUAACAAAGGAUGUAUUUCCGGUCUGGAAAACACAAACCGUAAACAGCCAUCGAGUUAGCUGGUAGGCUAAAGACUAAGGUGAAACGUUGCUUGCUAGAUUUCUCUAUACGUUUUUGCCUUUUCAGCCGGUCAAUCAUGUCCGGACAGAACGCUCUCAACAUGAAGCAGCCGCCGAUCCAAUCCACAGCUGGAGCUGUGCCGGUGCGAAAUGAGAAAGGCGAGAUUUCUAUGGAAAAGGUGAAGGUGAAGCGAUAUGUGUCAGGUAAACGUCCUGACUAUGCCCCCAUGGAGUCAUCGGAUGAGGAAGAGGAGGAUUUCCAGUUUGGGAAGAAGGGUAAGGAGGCUGAGCCAGAGCUGGAGCUUGAGGAGGAAGAGGUGUCAGACCCUCGCCUGAAACGCCUGCUCAACCGCGUCUCGGAGGAUGUGGAGGAAAGGUUGGCACGGCACAGGCAGAUCGCCGAGCCAGAGCUUAUGGUGGAGAGCGAGGAGUCGGAUGAGGGGACUUGGCACCCUGAACGUGAGGAGAGCAGUGAAGAAGAGGAAGAGGAGGAGGAAGAGAUUGAUGACGAGGAAAUUGAGAGGCGCCGUGCGAUGAUGCGGCAGCGAGCACAGGAGCGGAAGAAUGAAGACAUGGAGAUCAUGGAGGUGGAGGAGGAGGGCAAGUCAGGGGAGGAGUCUGAAUCUGAGUCAGAGUAUGAGGAGUAUACAGACAGCGAGGACGAGGCGGAGCCCCGGCUCAAGCCCGUCUUCAUCCGCAAGAAGGACAGAGUGACCGUGGCUGAGCGAGAGGCAGAGGAGGUGAAGCAGAAGGAGCUGGAGGCUGAGGCCAAAAAGCAGGUGGAGGAGCGACGCCGCUACACCCUGAAGAUCGUGGAGGAGGAGGCCAAGAAGGAGUUUGAGGAGAACCGCCGCACACUGGCUGCACUGGAGGCCCUGGACACGGACGGAGAGAAUGAAGAGGAGGAGUACGAGGCCUGGAAGGUCCGGGAGCUGAAGAGGAUCAAGCGGGAUCGCGAGUGUCGAGAAGCGAUGGAGAAAGAGAAGAGUGAGAUUGAAAGAUUCCACAAUCUCACAGAGGAGGAGCGCAGGGCAGAGCUUCGCAACAAUGGCAAAGUCAUCACCAACAAAGCCAGCAAGGGCAAAUACAAGUUCCUCCAGAAGUACUACCACAGAGGAGCCUUCUUCAUGGAUGAAGAGCAGGAUGUCUUCAAGAGAGACUUCAGUGCUCCCACCCUGGAGGACCACUUCAACAAGACCAUUCUGCCCAAAGUCAUGCAGGUCAAGAACUUUGGUCGUUCUGGGCGUACCAAGUACACGCACUUGGUGGAUCAGGACACCACUUCAUUUGACUCUGCUUGGGCUCAAGAGAGUGCACAAAACAGCAAGUUCUUCAAACAGAAGGCAGGGGGCGUGAGGGAUGUGUUUGAUCGUCCAUCUGUGCAAAAGCAGAGGAAAACCUAAAUCGCAGUGAUGCAGAGCGGAAGCCCUGAUGAAGUGGGACACAAUAACUUGAUACUAUUGUGACUGAAUCUGAGCAUGGCUCCUUCCAGCUCAUUCAUACUGGAAGCUUGGUUACCCUCAACUCGGACUACAUCACCUAUCAAUGCUUAACUGCUUAACACUCAAAUUGCACUGCAUUUCUGAAGAUAAAUUUCACUGUAGAGAGAGGGUUUUCAGUCCAAGACAAUUCUCAUUUUGUACAUUCUUAGUAAAUAUAAAACCGUUUCAUAGCAUUGCAGCAAAAGUACCGUUUUCUAAUUAGAUCGAUAUCCAAGAAACAAUCUUCUGAUUUUUCCACAGUGUUUGUCCCUUUUUGUUAAAUAUGUGAUGCAUUUCUUUGUAAAUAAUUUCUUGUAACAGCCGCUGAAAGUUGUGAACUUUUAUUGAGUGACAUUAAAAUGAAAAAAGUAUUUCAGUGA